AUGAAACGAAGUAUCGAGUAUUCGUCCACUUUCUGUAUCUCUAGUCAAUGUCUCAAGUUCAACACGACUGAUACUUCCGUAAACGUUCGGUACACCGCGUCAAAUCCGUAUCACACCCACGCUGUUUACGCCAAUGAUGUCUUCCUCUCUACACUUGGCGAUGACGGCACAACUGGACCCAAAAUAAGUGGAACUAAAUCAGCACCUAAUCGAUAA